UCACAGUGAAGGAGCCUACGGAGAUGAAGAUAAAAGAUCCAUCACCCUCGGAUUCGGACAGCGUCAGUAGCGAUGGCGUCCCCGGUGACGUUAGCGAUGGUGGCGGUGAUGGUGGUGAUGGCGGUGAUGGUGGUGAUGGCGGUGAUGGUGGUGGUGAUGGCGGUCGCCAUGGCAACGAACUGAGACUUAUGGUUGCCAGCAAGCUGAAGAGGGGAUUGGUGGCAGAGCGCGGCGUUGCCACGGCAACCAAGAGGAUACGCACGAAUGAUGGUGAUGGUGAUGGCGGUGAUGGUGAUGUUGCCACGUUCCUGAAGCAACGUGCCCUCUUUGAGGGCACUCGCCGGGUCAAAGGUCACAAGGGCAAAGCCAGGGAGGAGCAGACGCUCGCUCUGCUCACCAAGUUCCAGUCUCACCUCUCGGCCGCUCGGCUGUCCGGAGACACGGAGGAGACAGCGGAGACAGCGGAGACAGACGAUGACUCCGGAUGGAUGGGACACUGUCUCCGCUUCGCCGACCCAGCCGCUGGCUCUCUGGUGUCCCGGGCCCGUGACCCCAACUUGUCGUCCGACGUUGACGCCUUCCACAUCAGCGACCCCCGAAACCCGGUCACACAGCGGCGGCGCGAGACGCGUGGGCGGGGCAAGAGGAGGAAGUGACACGCGCGGGGACAGGAAGUGACGUCGACACAGGGGGACAGGAAGUGACGUCGACAGAGGGACAGGAAGUGACACGUGCGCGGGGCAAGAGGAGGAAGUGACGUGCGGGGACAGGAAGUGACGUCGACACAGGGGGACAGGAAGUGACGCAGAGGGACAGGAAGUGACGUGGACAGAGGGACAGGAAGUGACACGAGGGGACAGGAAGUGGCGUCAACACAGAGGGACAGGAAGUGACGCAGAGGGACAGGAAGUGACACGCAGGGGCAGGAAGUGACACGCGGGGGGGGGGGCAA